AUGAGCAGCCCAAAGCGGAGGAUAGAGACGGACGUGAUGAAGCUCAUGAUGAGCGACUAUGAGGUGACUCUGGUCAACGACAACAUGCAAGAGUUUUAUGUCAUCUUCAAAGGGCCUUCAGAAACACCCUUUGCCGACGGCAAAUGGAAAGUCCACGUCGAGUUACCCGACCAAUAUCCCUACAAGUCGCCUUCCAUUGGAUUUGUGAACAAGAUCUUCCACCCGAACAUCGAUGAAGGGUCGGGCUCUGUGUGCUUGGAUGUCAUCAACCAGACCUGGUCACCAAUGUUCGACAUGAUCAACAUAUUCGAAGUCUUCCUGCCCCAGCUUCUCAGAUAUCCUAACCCGACCGACCCAUUGAACGGAGAAGCAGCAGCGUUGUUGAUGAGAGAGCCGAGAAGCUACGAUGCCAGGGUCAAAGAAUACAUCACGCAGUAUGCGACCAACAUCCACGACGACGCCGACGAAGAUGAAGGUGAAACAGAUGGCGAGUUGAGCGAAGUUGAAGACUUCAACAGCGAUGGCGAAGACGAGCCCGCCGGUACAAUGGAGGACGUAUGA